AUGGGAGACUCUACCACUACCGCUACUCUCGAAAACCUUUCUAGACUUGCCUCUAAACCCGGCGUUCAAUCCACGCUGAUAUUAUCAAAGAAGAACGGAUCUAUCAUACGUAGCACAGGCCUUCUGGCAUCUGCAUCGGCCUCUACGGAUAACGAUCAGGCUCUGAGCAAUGGAACUUCGCACGCGACCGAUGCUGGACCUUCAGAUAUGGGCGGCGAAUUGGAAGGACGGCCGAAGACUAAGACAGCCGAAGAAAUCGCAAAAUCCGUUAUGAUGUUUGUGGAAGCGUCGAACAUUUUUGCGCAAGGCAUGCAAGAUGGAGACGAGGUCAGACUGUUACGAACUCGGACAAAGAAGAAUGAGAUUGUGAUCGUGCCUGGUGAAUAA